CACAUUUAAAUAUACACUUUGGAAAGCGCAACACACCCAUCCAACCAUCCAUCAUGACUUCAAGCUUGACACAAGAUCAAAUCGAAGAGAUUCGCGAGGCCUUCCAGGUGUUUGAUCGCGACAACAAAGGAUGCAUCACGUGCAAGGAGCUGGGCACUGUGAUGCGUUCGUUGGGCCAGAACCCCACCGAGGCGGAGCUCUACGACAUGAUUGACGAGAUUGAUCUGGAUGGGGAUGGGACCAUUGACUUCUCUGAGUUUCUGCACGCAAUGUCGCAGCGGAUGGCGAAUCUUGGCAGCGAUGAGUCCCUGCUGCAGGCCUUCAAGACCUUCGAUCGUGACGGCAAUGGCUAUAUAUCCACCCUCGAACUGAAGACCACAAUGAUGAUGCUGGGCGAGAAGGUGACGGACGAGGAUGUGCGCGAAAUGAUGGAAGAAAUCGAUCAGGAUCGUGAUGGCAAGAUCAGCUAUGCCGAGUAUCUCGCUGCCAUGCGGGGCUAAGCAUAACCCAAAAUACUCUACAAAAUUCCUAGCAACAAAUACAAUCCACACGAAGGAACUAUGAACCCCAUUUGGAGGAA